AGGGACAGAGAGACACUUCUCACUGCUCUUUCCAUCCCUCCUCCAUUUUCUUCUCCCUCCUCCUCCAUCCAGAAACAGAACUCUCUCCAUCUCUCUGCUUCUUCUUUGCUUCUUCUCCUCCACUUGCUGUCGUCGCUGCUCCAUCCAUCACUGACUGACAGACAGGUUUAACUCUUGGCCGUCUUCAUCUUCAUUACCAUCACUGUCAUCUUCAGAGAAGGAAGUACAGGGAGAACCCUGACCCUUGCCCUACUGGGUCACUAUGGCAACGGUCAUCUGCACUCGUUUCACCGAAGAGUAUCAGCUGUACGAGGAGCUGGGAAAGGGAGCGUUUUCUGUGGUGCGCCGCUGUGUGAAGGUGUUGUCGGGUCAGGAGUACGCUGCCAAAAUCAUCAACACCAAGAAACUUUCUGCCAGAGAUCACCAGAAGUUGGACCGUGAGGCUCGAAUCUGUCGCUUACUAAAACAUCCAAACAUUGUUCGACUUCAUGACAGCAUUUCUGAGGAGGCGCAUCAUUACCUCAUCUUCGACCUGGUAACAGGUGGAGAGUUGUUUGAAGAUAUUGUAGCCAGAGAAUAUUACAGCGAAGCUGACGCCAGUCACUGUAUCCAGCAGAUCUUGGAGGCAGUAUUACACUGUCACCAAAUGGGAGUGGUCCACCGAGACCUGAAGCCAGAAAACCUGCUGUUGGCCUCCAAGUCUAAAGGAGCAGCAGUGAAGCUGGCCGACUUCGGGCUCGCCAUCGAGGUGGAGGGAGACCAGCAGGCCUGGUUCGGCUUUGCUGGGACUCCGGGGUAUCUCUCUCCAGAGGUUCUGAGGAAAGACCCGUAUGGAAAAGCUGUGGACCUCUGGGCCUGUGGUGUUAUUCUCUACAUCUUGUUGGUUGGUUAUCCUCCGUUCUGGGAUGAAGAUCAACAUCGUCUCUACCAGCAGAUCAAAGCUGGAGCAUAUGAUUUUCCUUCUCCUGAAUGGGACACGGUGACCCCUGAAGCCAAAGAUCUUAUUAAUAAGAUGCUGACCAUCAAUCCGGCCAAACGGAUCACAGCCGCUGAGGCACUCAAACACCCCUGGAUCUCUCAUCGCUCCACAGUGGCGUCCUGUAUGCACAGACAGGAGACAGUUGAGUGUCUGAAGAAAUUCAAUGCCAGGAGGAAACUGAAGGGAGCCAUUCUGACCACCAUGUUGGCCACAAGAAAUUUCUCUGGAGGAAAGAGUGGCAGCAACAAGAAGGCUGAUGGAGUCAAGGAAUCAUCUGAGAGCACAAACACAACCAUAGAAGAUGAGGACACCAGAGUGAGGAAGCAGGACAUAAUCAAAGUCACCGAACAGCUCAUCGAGGCCAUCAGCAACGGAGACUUUGAGAGCUACACUAAAAUGUGUGACCCAGCAGUGACGGCUUUCGAGCCCGAGGCGUUGGGAAACCUGGUUGAGGGACUUGACUUUCACCGCUUUUAUUUUGAAAACUUGUGGUCCAAGAACAGUAAACCGGUGCACACAACCAUUCUGAACCCGCACAUCCACCUGGUCGGGGACGAGGCUGCCUGCAUUGCUUACAUCAGAGUCACACAGUACAUUGACUCCAACGGGACGCCUCGCACGGCCCAGUCCGAGGAGACUCGGGUGUGGCACCGUCGUGAUGGGAAGUGGCAGAUCGUCCACUUCCACCGCUCAGGUGCCCCGUCCACGCUCAGCAAUUAACUUCCAGAAAUGGUGGAUCCUUGAAGGGGCCACCGUUGCCUUGACAGCAGAUUGAUUGACUGCAGGCCAGAUGUCUGACACCAAACAUUCAGGAUUCUGAGUUUGACAUAACCAAAAGGGAAAAGGAGACGUGACCAGGGCAGAGCAGGAAGUUUCACUCACACUAGUCCUGUAGUGACCUGCAUAGUCAUCUAAUCCAUUAACCAAUCACGUUCCUGUGUCAGCUGGUUCAGGCCAAUCAGCUCUGUGGGCGGGGCACAGUUGUACAUCUGCUUGUAACCAUGUGGAAACUUUGUAUCUUUGGGCUCAUUGUCAGAGCUGAGUCUCCUCCUCAGGAUUAAACCAGCUGACCUGGAGGAGCUCAGACCAGUCAGAAGCUAAAUCAACACGGAAGAGAUUCAUAGCUUACUUUACAUGGACUAUAUCUUAAUUUUUCAUAAAACACAUUUAAUAUGGGAAAAACCUUAUCCCUAAGUUAGCAUAUAAGGACAAAUGAGUAACUUCUUUACAUUCUACUGAUGUUUAGCAAUAAAAAGUUUAAUAGACUGAAAAAUAAUAAAUUGAGUUAAUGUCCUUUCACUAUCAGAACAAUUUACAGUAAACCCCAUUGGAUAUGACAAUAGUUACCAUUUAAUAACGCACAGUGUUAGACAAAGGACUUUUCAUUUUUGAAUUCAGACUCUGAGCCUGUGAGAACUAGUUUCCCGUAUAUUCAGAAUUUUCACCUGAAUAAAACAAUAACUAAAAUAAUGAAGGAGCUUCCUUCACUAUGCAAAGACCUUUAGAUGUUAGAGUAAUAUUUUCUUCCUUUCAUAUGAAUUCUCCAAACCAACAAUAACACAAGUAACUAUAAACCAAUGAGAAAGGUGUGGUGUAAUCAAAUGUUUCUUUGGGUGUGAAUAAGAUGCGACAGUCAGAAUCAGCUGUUUUAUCUAAGGCUUAAAUGUUCAAGUACCGCCAAGCUAUACUUAAAUGUGGUACUUUCUCUGCUUUAAUGUGAAAUUUCUAAUAGUUUAACGCAACACGAGCUGAAAUAAUAGUUACAGGCUGGAUGAGAGAUUUAGGUUUGGGUAUGUAGGAAAAAUAAGGACAGAUCCACAAAGACAGAAUUUAUUUUCAGAAUAAUGUGAAGAUGUUGAUGAGCCUGUGGAUAAAAGUCUCUGAGCCUUGAGUGUCUCCCGAACCUGAGGUUUGAGUCCAACCCUUGUUUUUCUGCUUCCAUUGGGCUCAGACAUCUCCAGAAACGAUCUUCCACCAACAGCACCACGGGCUGGGUGUCUGCCUCAGCCGGGCUCAAACGUUUGAACACCUCCCUUAUCUUUAAUUUGAGCCAAACUAUCAUUAUUAGUCCAAUGAAUUCAUGUAAUUGUUUUCAGAAUAGUUUGGUAAUUAAAUGAAUUCAUGGUCUUAUAUAUGCAGAGAUGAUUUGAGACAAAGAGAAAAAAGCUUUGCUUUAGUUCAACAUUUGGAAAUGAAACCAACAGCUGAAUAGUAAUUAACAGGCGUCUCUAGCAAUAAUAAACAUCCAUAUUAGUAGAAGAAUGGGCCAAAUGCACUUUUCAAAUUCAGCUUAGAACAUUUAACUCACUUCCAAUGCCUCAGUAAUAGUUGGAUUAUUUGCAUAUUUAAGUGAAUACUUAAUUUUGAUUGAUGGUUUUUCAACACAAACAGUAAAUUUGUUGAGUGAAAAGAUUUAAUUUAUGUCUUAAUUGAUUUGCUCUUUGGUAAAUAUCUAAAUAAGUGUAUUUAUUAGUUUAACCCCUAAAUUCGCCGGUUGGGUUUUUAUGAUGCUCAGUAAUUUCAAUACGUGUGAUUCCAUCACCUUGUCAGAACUACAACAACUCUGAGUCGGUGACACUCGGUGAGUGGAACCUCAUAUCUCUGGUUAUUUUUUUCAAACGUCUUAAUGAUCAUGUUUAACAUCUAAAACUUGCAUCUUAGAUUGUGAAUGUUAGAUUAAAAUAUUAACCUGCCUGCUCACUCGCUGUCUUCGUUUUUUUGUAACGGUUUUAUAGCCGACUUUUAUUUCAGGAGAUAUGAGGUUUUUUGAAUUCUUUAUGAAGAGUUGUUCUUGCUCUUCGGUGAUUGUUUUUCCUUUCUGUACAGACUGUGAUUUACUGCAUGCUGGACUAGACUUUUGUGUUUUGGCUAUCGGCGACUUGCUCAGACGUGCUAACUCUGCCUGCUAGCUGCGAGCUAACAACACGCCCACGCUGCCCACAUUGAUAUUCUGCAUUGUUUGACCUGUUGUGCGUCUCAGGCUUCAUGCAGCUUUUUACUGUUGGGAGAAUGUAGAUCUUUGUACAAUCAAAUUCAUACUAGAAUGAUGAUAAUAUUAUUAUUCUCUAUAUAUUGCAUUUGUAUAUUGAAAUGCUUUUCAAUGUUACGAUCAGACUUCCAGUGCUGGCGUUCACCGUGUAGAGAACACGUUGUGUUAUUAGUAUGAUGCUUUGGUAGAGUGAGACACAGCUUCACCUGGCGCCUGCUCAAUGUGUUUGCUACAGCACUGCUGCCAUUUAUUUUUUGACAUCCUGGUGCCAUUUGGUGUCCCGACUUAGCAUAACAACAGUACUGAAGAGGCCAAAGAGUUCACUUGACAUUUAGGCAAGAACGUUUAACUGCAAGAAUCCUUCUGAAGGUGUCCCCGUGACAAUCAGGUGGCAGGGUGGGAUCACCCUGUCGGGCGAAGCCCGCUGCUCACACGUUUACGGCCUUGUGGUUCCUCCUGUGAACCAGGCCCAAACCUUACCGAAACACAAGCAAAAGUGUUAUUAUUCUUUGAUUAUUAGCAAAAUCUGACUCUACCUCAGUAUGAUUAUCCAGGGACGUUUAUUCAUGUUAGAACAUUUAGUGUCUUUCUGUCCACACAGCCUGUUCUCGGCUGUUGGUUGGACAUUACAUGUCUGAGACAUGAACCUGGACCUGAGCAUCAUGGGAUGUUGGCAGAUAUUGCUGUGGAUUUCUGUGCAGUUGAAACCAAAAACAGAUUUUUCCAGGUUUGGCUUCAUUGUUCAGUUGUUGGAAUGUGAAGCCGGUCCAGACUCCAAAUGGCACCUGCAAAGUGAAAGGCUGUUUUCUACAGUAGACUAGUCUGUGUUUUCUAAUGCCACACAUCCACUUAAACCUUUUAAGACACUUGAAAGUAAAGAAUUGUUGUCCGUGGUGGGAAUGAAGCCAGGGGUCAUUGACUCUGCUCUCGCUGGUAUAUACGAUGUCAUUUUAUAGAAAUCUUUAGGUGUUUAUGCUUGAAUCUCUCGUGGGAUCCCGACAAACAGAUGCUACUUUCCUGUGUUUCACAGAUGUUCUGUGGCUGUAGCUGCAACAUAUUUCUGUUCAAGAACAUUAAGCAGUGACUUCCAAUCUUCACUUCAUCCAAUGUUUUAGGAGAAGAUCAAAUGUUUCACCUGACUCACUGUUUGGUGUGUAAACAUCCAUGAGGCUGAGUUGGAAGUGUCCGCUUCAAACCCUCAGCUGCAGAAAUAAAAGCAUGUUUGCCGCAGGAAGCGCCGGUUUAUCGACAUGACAGGAUGCAGCAGGACAAGACAUCACUUCAGAUUUUCUGGGGUUGAGUGUUCCAACUAGUCUGCAACAGGCUUCCAACAAACUAGCGUUAAUUAAUAAUGCUAACAAGCUAAUUAUCAGGAUCUAGCCGAACUCAUGCAGCUUCUUCAGGGUUGAUAUUACAGUAGUACAAUUGAUACUCUGAUUGUAUGUAGUCUCACUCACAUGAAUGUCUUUUGGCUUUAAUUUACAUAUUUCAACAUCCAAGAAAAAUGCAUUUGAGACUAAACUGAAAAAAAAAAAAACUUUAAUAGUCCCACAGUGCAGAAAUUUCAUCUCACAAUUUUUUCACUGUCGAACUAUUAAAGCAAAAUAAAGAAACACAUGGCUUACUUCUGCUGUGAUUAGUUAGUAACAGCCAGCCACCAGCCACCAACGUAUAAUCAUAAUCACUUUCCGUUUGAGUUAAACGAUUCAGUUGUAUUUUCCAUUCUUUAUAUUCUUUCCAAAUUUCCAUUUACAGCUAAAUGUUAAAAUCAAAGGUUUUGUCCAGGCUUCACAAUAUGAAGCCCUCCACAGGGUCUUUGACUUUUCCUACAGAACCAGAAACGUAAAAAGUAAAGAAUAAAUAGCACAUCCUCUAAUGAAUCGAAAUGCAUGAUACUUUAAAAUACUUUAUUUUAGUUUAUUUAUGUCUGUAGAAGGAAAUUGAAAAGGUUUGACAUGGACCACAGACUAGGUCCUCGCUGCUUCCUGUCUUCGAUGAUUGGUUCCUUUUCGUCCACUCUGCUUUCUCUAUGAUGGAUGUUGUACCUUAUUAACUGGACUAAUGCUGCAUGCUCUGUGUACUGUGGGAGACAGAGUGAGUCUGUGUUUCUAACCCUUUACUUUAAUAGUUUUUUGGAGUAUUUUCUGCAUCGUGUUUAAAGUGUUUCUGUAAAUAAACGGAGAUGGUCAAA